AUCUACAUCCAUCGAUAGCCAGUCAACACAUACAACAGCCUCUGAGCAUCCUUUCCAUCUUAUAAUCUAAACUAGACAAGCAAUUCUCACGAUGCAGGCGAUCAAGCUAGCGAAAAAGUACCCUACGCUGCAGCAGGACGAGGUCAUGGGCCUCGUCAACCAGUUCAACCAAAUCGAUGUCGAGGACAAGGGUAGCCUGGACAAGGCCGCCGUCCUCCAGCACCUCACCUCGACCAACGCGGCCACAUACGAUUCCGCCCGAGAAGCACUCAAGCGGACCAACAUCGACGCUUCGGGCAAGGUCGAGCUGGAAGACUGGGUACAAUUGCAUUCGUUGUUGAAACAGGGCGCUGGGGGUGAUAUGGAGGCGGUCAAGGGCAAGAUCGCGGUGCAGGGGACGAAAGGGACUAAUGCGCAGCAUACGAUUAAUGAGGAUGAGAGGAGGAGUUUUACCGACCAUAUCAAUGCUGUUCUUUCUGGCGAUGCCGAUAUCGGUCACCUGCUACCGAUCCCGACCGACACCAUGCAACUGUUUGACGAAUGCCGAGAUGGUCUGAUCCUGUGUAAACUUAUCAACGACUCGGUCCCGGACACGAUCGAUGACCGAGUCCUCAACAAGUCCACCUCGAAACGCAAACUCAACGCCUUCCAGAUCACCGAGAACAACAACAUCGUCAUCACCUCUUCCAAAGGUAUCGGAUGCUCCGUCGUCAACAUCGGCUCUCAAGACAUUUCCGAGGGAAGGGAACACUUGAUCCUGGGUCUGAUCUGGCAGAUCAUCCGACGAGGACUGUUGAGCAAGAUCGAUAUCAAGCAUCAUCCGGAAUUGUACAGGUUGUUGGACGAUGGGGAGACUUUGGAAGAGUUUUUGAGGCUGCCGCCUGAUCAGAUCUUGUUGAGGUGGUUCAACUUUCACCUCAAGGCGGCCGGUUGGAAGAGGCGCGUCGCCAACUUUUCGAAGGACGUGUCGGACGGAGAGAACUACACUGUACUGCUGAACCAACUCUCACCCGAAAACUGCUCUCGAUCGCCCUUGCAGACUUCGGACCUGCACCAACGUGCCGAACAGGUCUUGCAGAACGCCGACAACAUCAACUGUCGACGAUUCCUCACGCCAAACUCGCUCGUCUCUGGAAACCCCAAAUUGAACUUGGCCUUUGUUGCUCAUCUCUUCAAUACCCACCCGGGUCUCGAACCGCUCGAGGACGUCCCUGCGCCCGAGAUCGAAGACUUUGACGCCGAGGGUGAACGAGAAGCCCGAGUGUUCACCCUCUGGCUGAACAGUCUCGAUGUCGAUCCGGGUGUUUAUAACUUGUUCGAAGACCUCAAGGAUGGUAGUGUCCUCUUGCAAGGGUUCGACAAGGUCAUCCCCGGUAGCGUCAUCUGGCGUCGGGUAUCGAAGCCCAAGGAGGGCCAAGAGUUGUCCCGAUUCAAGGCGGUCGAGAACACCAACUAUGCCGUCGAAUUGGCCACUGCCAACAAGAUGCACAUGGUUGGGAUUCAAGGGAGUGAUAUCGUCGAUGGGACCAAGACGUUGGUGCUCGGUCUGGUCUGGCAGUUGAUGAGACUGUCGAUCAACCAGACCUUGGCCUCGCUGAGCAAGAACGGUCGAGGCGUAACUGACAUGGAGAUGGUCCGAUGGGCCAACGAAAAGGUCAAGUCGGGCGGCAAAUCGAGCACGAUGAAGUCGUUCAAGGACCCGGGUUUGGGUAACGCCGUCUUCUUCCUCGACCUGUUGAACGCCAUCAAGCCGGGUUAUGUCGAUUACGCUUUGGUCACGCCAGGCAGGAAUGACGAGGAGAAGCGUUCGAACGCCAAGUUGGCUAUUUCGAUCGCGAGAAAGUUGAACGCGCUCAUCUUCUUGGUCCCAGAGGAUAUCGUCGAUGUUCGACCUCGUCUGAUUUUGACUUUUGUCGGUUCUCUCAUGGCCGUCGAUUCGCACCAAUCUUGAGGCUCGCAAAUGCCUUGUACUUAGGAAUGAAACCGUUUUUUGCCUUCUUGCUCAAACAUUGUCUACCUUGUCUAUAACACCCUGUGUCACUUCGUCUAUCUGAAUUUGAAUUUAAUAUCGCUGUCUGGUCUGAAAAGAUGACAAGCACGAGGUCCAAGCCAGGUUCGUCUGCUGUGCCUCGCUCGUCUCCGACGACUUUGUAAACAAAGAACGAUCCUGUAUGAAAGUCGGUUCAUCAUGAGCUCGAUUCGACAUCAAUCAUCGAUCGUCGGCAAUUCGAC